AGGCCACUACAUGAGGAAAGUCAUGCUUUCUGACUGAGAUAUAAACCCCAAGGUCUCAUAGCUAGAGUGGAUGUGUUCAUUCAGACACUCAUAGGCUUAGUUCUUCAACUUUCUAAAUGGCAACGAUUUAAAAAAACAGCUUACAUAAGUCUAUGAAAAACUAUAAUUUUAUGUUCUGAAUUGAAAUCUAAAAUGAAUGGCCUCUGCCUUUCUCUGCUUAUAUUAUCCCUUGUUUUAGUUUUUUUUUAUUUUUCUGCUGCUGGUCACUUUUGGACAUCUGGAAGAAACAGCUAUUUUUGCCUCUGGACUAAUUCUAUUUCCAAUGGACAGACACAUUAUAUGUUCCUUCACCAGACUACAGUAGGCAAAGAGAGAUCUUUUGUCUUAUUUGACAGUAUCUGGAACAAGGAAAACAGCCUGAUAGAGUGCAUUACAAGCAACAACCAUGCUGUUAUUAAAAGCUUUUCAUCAAAGUGCUGGAAAGACAGAAGCAGGCUUUUCUCAGACAUUCCAGAUGGACGCUUUAACAUCAGUAAGUUGAUUGAACCUGAUGGCCUCUGUGUAGAUGUGGGACAUUUACCGGAACUGAGACUGCCUGUGCGCAGGAAAAGAGACAAUGAAUAUAAGGAUAGCAAAACUGUUUACCAGAACAAUGGAGAAACUUUCCAAAAGCCGAAGCGUUCAAAGCGGGCAUGGAUGAUUCCAGGCACUCUGUGGUGUGGCUCUGGGAACAAAGCAUCUGAUUUUUCAGACUUAGGUUUAUUUGAGGAUACUGAUAAGUGCUGUAGGGAGCAUGACCACUGUGAGCAAACCAUUUCGUCCUUUCAGUUUGGUUAUGGCGUUUUCAACAGUCACUUCUUCACUUUAUCACACUGUAACUGUGAUAGCAAAUUUCGCCGCUGCCUUCAUAAUGCCAAUGAUAGGAUGUCUGACAUGGUAGGUUAUGGCUACUUCAAUGUCCUCAAGAUGCGUUGCUUUGAAUUUUCACAGAGAUUGGAGUGUGCAGAAAGGACCUGGUGGGGCAUGUGUAAACACAGUCACAUGACUACCUAUGCUCUAUUGAGAGAUGCAACUGAUUACAAUUCCACAUUAUUGGAAGAUGAUAAACUGGAUCUUAGCAUCCAUCACACAGUGUCAUUUGGAGAGCUAACAGUUACUAAUGACUGGGUAAUGUCAUCUGACAUCGUCACUGAAGAUGCCAGAAAAAAGCAUUCAUCAAUGACAGUACCACAAUCUGUUACAGUUAAUAGAUCUCAGCUGCCUAAACUUCAUGAAGAAACACUAAUGACACAUAUAACAUACUCAUCCAAAACAGAAAAAACUGAUUCAGAACAGAAACAAACAACAGUCUCCUUAAAAUCAGUAAUAACAAACUCACCAGUGACAAAAACAAUAGAUAGAACAACAGACUCAACAAACCCAGUGAUAACAGACUCAACAAACACAGCAAUAACAGACUUAACCAAAACAGAAGUGACAGACUCAACAAACCCAGUGAUAACAGACUUAACAAAAACAGAAGCGACAGACUCAACAAACCCAGCAAUAACAGACUUAACAAAAACAGAAGCAACAGACUCAACAAGAACAGAAGCAACAGACUCAACAAACCCAGUGAUAACAGACUCAACAAAAACAGAAGCAACAGACUCAACAAAAACAGAAGCAACAGACUCAACAAACCCAGCAAUAACAGACUCAACAAAAACAGAAGCAACAGACUCAAACCCAGCAAUAACAGACUCAACAAAAACAGAAGCGACAGACUCAACAAACCCAGCAAUAACAGACUCAACAAAAACAGAAGCAACAGACUCAACAAAAACAGAAGCAACAGACUCAACAAACCCAGUGAUAACAGACUUAACAAAAACAGAAGCAACAGACUCAACAAACCCAGCAAUAACAGACUUAACAAAAACAGAAGCAACAGACUCAACAAAAACAGAAGCAACAGACUCAACAAACCCAGUGAUAACAGACUUAACAAAAACAGAAGCAACAGACUCAACAAACCCAGCAAUAACAGACUCAACAAAAACAGAAGCAACAGACUCAACAAACCCAGUGAUAACAGACCAAACAAAAACAGAAACAAACUCAACAAGCCCAGAAACAACAAACUUUGGUGAGACACAAAUAACAGAGUUGCCAAAAACAGAGGCAACAGACCCACUAAAGACCCAAACAAGAGAAAUACCAAAAACAGAAAUAACAGCCUCAACAAAACCACAAACAGCAGGUUCAGCAAAGAAACACCUCCAUCCUGAGAUGCACACAAGUCAAAAAGGUAAACUGGACACCUGUGAGAGUUAUAAAGACUUGGACUCCUGUCAUUAUCAGAUACCUGCACUGCAGGAGAAAUUUGGCCUGCGCAAUACUGAACACAUCACCAUGUACCACUGCAACUGUACAGCCAGACUUGCCAGAGAGCUGGCUGGAGAGGAUGAAGCUGACAUGGUUCAUUUCUGGCUGCUGGACUUUGUGUCCCAAUCCUGUUUCAUUCUGCCUCAGAACUGCACUGGGAGUGAAAGUUGCUCCACCUCCUUUUCUAAUGACGCGCCAUUCAUCGGGCGCUGGAACAAACGCGCGGCUGUUUGGCGACAUCUAGCGGCUCCGAAGCGCAUAGCAAAGCGAUUCAACAACAAGCGGUCCAAGAGGAAAAACUCUCCAAUCAGACUGCACAAAAAGUGUCUAAGGAUGCACUCCAAGCUCCAUAGACCGAAAACGAUUAAAAGUAAAAAAGCGCAUCAACUGUACAGCAAAUGAAUGCAGAAUGCAGUCAUGCACAGCUUGCCUUAACUGGACAUUUUGCAAUAAUAGUGAAUAUUCAUGUUCAUAUAUUAUGCAAACGUUUAUUAUUGUAUAUAUUGUACAUAAACCCACGUUUUUUUGUCUA